AUGUCUGUUAGAUAUGUGAACAGUCAUGAAGAAUCCUCGUGGAUUAUUGGUAGCAUUAGUUGGGUUUUGUCUUGUCCAAAGGUAGGUAAUCACCUUUUUGGCCCAGUGAAGAAAAAGAAAGUUCUUUCUGAGAAAGAAUACAAUCUCUUUUGGGAAGGAAGUUCGUCAGAGUAUGAGCUUGGAAACUUUGUUUACAGCUCAAAAGGAGAGGGUGGGAUGGUCUUAUCACUCUGUAAAAGGAAGAGAAACUCAAGCUCUGAUGGACAGCCUCAGAAUCAGGAAGUAGUUCCAGAAAAACUCUCUUCAGCUUGUGCGAAUGACAGGUUCAUUGAUGGAAGUGGAGAAAUUCCAAUAUUUCAUCGCUCUCUGCUGGUCAUCAGAUGGAAGAAAAUAGUAGCUCAAGGCAAAGUCAUAGUUACUGUGGGUUGCGGUGAAACAGUCAUCAAUACUGGAUUGAGAUGA